CUCAGAUCUGACUGCUGUGUGGAAUGAUGUGAAGAAGGACGAGGAAGAACAAAUCUAUUUGUCCACGUUAUCCCGCAGCUUGGAGUAUACCAGAUUUCUCAGAGGGACACAGAUACUUUUCAACUGCCUUGACAGUUUUUUGCUGAGGAAGUCAACUUGAAGGGAGCAGAGGUCUCGUCGUCACUGUUCUGCUGAGGCCUUCUGACACGGCCAUUUGGGACUUUGGACUGGCACGCAAGAAACUCGACGAGGAAUGAACAACCGCGAAGUGUGACGGGUCGCUCGCUGGGUGUUGUUUUAACGAUCAACAAGAAUUGGCUAAGCAGACAAGAAUCAGUCAUGCAUCCCAUAAUGUUGGUUGUGAUGCUAUUGUGGGAGCCACCAUGGGCCAACGGGCAGAACGACACCGAACCCAUCAUUCUUGAGGGAAAAUGUUUAGUGGUAUGUGACUCCACACCCUCAUCGGAACCCGCCGGGAACGCCCUGGGCAUGUCGGUUCGCUCGGGCAGCGGCCGAGUGGCUUUCUCCGCCAGCCGCCAGACCAACCACGAGCCUACGGAUAUGAGCAAUCGCACAAUGAUCAUCUAUUUUGAUAAUAUCUUGGUGAAUGUGGGCAGUCAUUUUGAUCAAGAGAGCAGCAUCUUCCUUGCACCGAGGAGAGGUGUUUACAGCUUUAACUUUCAUGUUGUGAAAGCUUACAACAGACAGACCAUUCAGGUCAGCUUGAUGGUGAACGGCUGGCCGAUGAUUUCCGCUUUCGCCGGGGACCAGGAUGUGACCAGGGAAGCCGCCACAAAUGCUGGUCUGGUGAUCAUGGAGAAAGGGGACAAGGCUUACCUUCGACUUGAGAGGGGGAACCUCAUGGGAGGCUGGAAAUACUCCACCUUCUCUGGGUUCUUGGUCUUCCCCUUGUGA